AUGGAAAAUGCUGCAGACUACUUAGAAGUUGCUAUGCACUGGCCAACAGGUCAAGAAAAAGGUAGCAGUGGAGUAUUCAAUGUGCUGCAGCUUCAAAGAUUGAUUUAUUAUAAACAACGUAAUCCAGACAGACAACAGAAACGAAAAUUUACUCUCUGGAAUGACUGCCAUACAUUUAAGGCAUUUGUGCCUCGUUUGUUACCACCUACUGUUGAGAUUUCCAAUUACCGCCAGGACACAAUAGCUGUGAAACGUAAAAAUGAGCAACACGAGAACGUAUCAUUAUUACCACGGAAAAUUGACAGCGAUAUUUCAAGUUCUAAGGAAACAGAUACCGAAUGGAAACCUCAGUGGUGUGUGUCUAUGGCUACAACUUCAACAUCAUCUGUCGUUAGUAGUAAUUUAAGUCAAGAAUAUAGCCUUGCCAAAGAGAAACUGGGCAAUGUCUCGAAGUGGACUCGUGGUAAAUGGAUUAUUUCCUGUUCUAAAGCAGGAAAAUACACUGCGAAAGAAUUUUGGCCGAGACUGUGCGAAUUGUUAUCCGAAGGAUCAUUUCCUAAUUGUAAAGCUGUUAUUAAAGAAGAGGAUAAGAAAACUAUCGUUUGGCUAUAUUGUGAUUUUUGGCAGGCGGAAGAGGUGUAUACGCUUCUACGUAGAACUUUUAAAGAUCUUCCUAAAAUGACCUACAGUGUACAUCCUUAUGGUGCUAUUAUCAACAAAUGA